AUGAAUUUUGCAGGAAAUGGUGUAACAAAUUCUAACAAUAUGAGGGCUACAAUUCCAAAGCCAGCAGUUGCUCCCCCCGCACCCUUGGUUACGCAACCAAAAAAAAAACCAAAUUGUAAUUUUUUUUUUUUUUAA